AUGACUGGUCAUCUACAGACUCGGUUUGAUCAUCUACAGACUCGCUUUGAUCAUCUACAGACUCGCUUUGGUCAUCUACAGACUCGCUUUGAUCAUCUACAGACGCGCUUUGAUCAUCUACAGACUCGCUUUGAUCAUCUACAGACUCACUUUGGUCAUCUACAGCCUCGCUUUGAAGAAACGGACUAUCCGAAAACAAAAUGGGCGGUAUGGUUCAAGUCCUUAGAUGCUGACAGGGAUAAUAAGCUCACGAUAGAAGACAUGCAGAUUUCUGCGAAAAAGUUUGAAGAAAUAAAGAAAAUGUUAAUCGGCGAUAAUGCUAACGAAAACACUUUUGACAAUACGAAAUGGUGGAACACUUAUAUCUUUCGCAAAGGCCCUGGUGUAACAUUGUCUCUUGAGGAUUUCCAAGCUGGCCUAGGAGAAUCUUUCCAGAAAGACAAGGCAGCAUUCCGACAAGAAAUGGAGAGAUGUUUUGGCGAUAUCGCUGCUUUCGUUCCAGACAAUAAUGACCGACCAAUCCAAGAACAGGAGUUCGUCUUCGGACUCAAAGUUUUUGGUCAAGAGGAUUUGGCACAAGUGGCCAAAGCUUACCAGCUGUUCAAGGCCACCAAGGGUCAACCAACUGUUCAGCACAUAGUGGACGCCUGGGCCCAAUUCAUCGCUGACGACGACGUAACCAAACUGGACAUGGUCAAAGAGGCUUUCGGAAAUUAA